GUGCUUAUCGUUAUCGUGCGGUCCCGCUGUUUCUAUUGUUUACAAAAAAUCUACGAUCAUGGAUCCCGCAACGAUUGAAUUUAUUGGCGAAAAAUGCAUGAUAAGCAUUAUACCAAAUUUUUCAAAUGAGCCACUGCAUCUUAUCUAUGGCUCUGUGGGCCCAUUCCGUGCUGGUUUUCCGGUUUUUGUGCCAUUGUGGCUGGCAGCGCAUCUGCGAAAACAACAAAAAUGCCGCAUUGUACCGCCAGAAUGGAUGGAGCUCGAAACGUUGGAGGAAAUCAAAGAGGAGGAGAAGCGUUCCAAAUUCUUCACAAAGAUGCCCAGCGAGCAUUACAUGGUGGUUGCUCAGCUUGUAAUGAGCACAGCGCCCGAUGAUGUGCCCCGUUGCGAGGAGUUGCGCACAGUGAUUAAGGAUAUAUUUGAUAUACGGGAAUCGAAGUUGCGCACCUCUAUUGAUGCAUUCAUUAAGGGGGAAGGCACUUAUGCCAAGUUGGACAACUUGACGUUGCUAGAGAUGCACAGUGUUCGCCCUAUUUUACCUUAUUCCCUGGAUCACAUUGCCCGUUAUCAGAGAAUGGCCACCGCAUCACAGCGCGACACAUCUAUGCUGGGCAUGAACACUACAAUCAGCGGAAGUGGCAGUGGAAGCGGUUCCAUGAGCAACUCCUAUUUCACGCAGUAAUACUUUAAUAGUUAGUGAUAUUAACAGUUGUAGUUAGUAAGAUAUAUGUAUAUUAAAAUCAGAAUCCGAUUAAUAGAAAUUAUGAUUAUUUUUAUUUAUAAACUUGGAAACCAUGAAUAGGGUAUGAAAGGACAUAUAUUACUAAAAAUCAUUCUCAUGAACCAGCUAUUUUCUAUAAUACAUAUUUAUAUAGAUUACGGAUAUAUUAUCUAUGUGUAUCAUCCAUAGUUCUAAAGUGUUUUUCAUCAAUAUUAAUCUA